GUCCCUAGGCUCCUCCCAGGGUCCUCCCAGGGUCAUGGCGAGCCCGACAGCAAUGUCCCCGGUGCCUGCGUCUUCACCCUCGUUGUCCUCCAAGGGUCAACAUGGAGACAUCACCGAAGAGACAGAGCGAAGGAUAGCGACAAUGAGAGCGCCCCGAGUUGAGCCACUCUGGCACCACCACGACCGGAAGGCCAUGAAGAGUGGCCAGCGAGGGACUAUCUAUUGGGUCGGAAAGCAGAUCCUGGCGGAGGACGGAUCGAAGACUGGAAAGGUGGAGAAGGGAGCCAGUUACCAGGGAGAAUGGGAUGGCAAUCAGAAGAAUGGAUACGGCGUACAGGUUUUUCCGAACGGCCAGAAAUACGAGGGCCAAUGGGCCAACGGUAUGAGGAAUGGUGAGGGCACGCUUUGGGUGCCUUUCGGAAAGGCCAAAAAGCUUCGAAAGCUGUACGUCGGUGGCUGGAAGGAUGACAAGAGACACGGUCGCGGAACUUGCUUCUUCAGCGAUGGUCAGUUCUUCCAGGGCGACUGGACUGAGGGGAAGAUGCAUGGCGAGGGCUUGCUUCGAUAUAGCAACGGUCACUUGGAUUCUACGCAGUAA